CGAGUCCCAGAGAGCCGCGCGCUCGCCACGACAUCCUCGUUGUCGCCGCCACCGCCACCGCCUAGAGGGUUGGGAGGCCACGGCGUUACGGGAGAUUGAGGCUGCGGGUGGCGUUGCGGAGCGGGCUAGGAGGCCGGGAUGGAGCCCCCCGGAGGGGCCUGAGGGAGCCAGCCGAGCGGGCCUGUGGGCCGCAGACGGACGGGCCGCGGCGGCGCGGACAUGGCUCACCUUAGAGGCUUCGCGCACCAGCACUCUCGUGUGGAUCCUGAGGAGCUCUUCACCAAGCUGGACCGCAUUGGCAAGGGCUCCUUUGGGGAGGUGUACAAGGGCAUUGACAACCACACCAAGGAGGUGGUGGCCAUCAAGAUCAUUGACCUGGAGGAGGCCGAGGAUGAGAUCGAGGACAUCCAGCAGGAGAUCACUGUGCUCAGCCAGUGCGACAGUCCUUACAUCACCCGCUACUUCGGCUCCUACCUGAAGAGCACCAAGCUGUGGAUCAUUAUGGAGUAUCUGGGCGGUGGUUCUGCACUGGACCUGCUGAAACCAGGCCCCCUGGAGGAGACCUAUAUCGCCACCAUCCUGCGGGAGAUCCUCAAGGGCCUGGAUUAUCUGCAUUCAGAGCGCAAGAUUCACCGGGACAUCAAAGCUGCCAAUGUACUGCUGUCAGAGCAGGGUGAUGUGAAGCUGGCGGACUUCGGGGUGGCGGGGCAGCUCACAGACACACAGAUCAAGAGGAACACGUUUGUGGGCACCCCCUUCUGGAUGGCACCUGAGGUUAUCAAGCAGUCAGCCUACGACUUCAAAGCUGACAUCUGGUCCCUGGGCAUCACAGCCAUUGAACUGGCCAAGGGGGAGCCACCAAACUCUGACCUCCACCCCAUGCGCGUCCUGUUCCUGAUUCCCAAGAACAACCCACCCACAUUGGAGGGCCACCACAGCAAGCCUUUCAAGGAGUUUGUGGAGGCCUGCCUCAACAAGGACCCUCGAUUUCGGCCCACUGCCAAGGAGCUCCUGAAGCAUAAAUUCAUCACGCGCUACACCAAGAAGACCUCCUUCCUCACUGAGCUCAUCGACCGCUAUAAGCGCUGGAAGUCCGAGGGGCAUGGCGAGGAGUCCAGCUCUGAGGAUUCUGACAUCGAUGGUGAGGCUGAGGAUGGAGAGCAGGGACCUAUCUGGACAUUCCCUCCGACCAUCCGGCCCAGUCCUCAUAGCAAGCUGCACAAGGGGACAGCCCUGCAUGGCUCACAGAAGCCCACUGAGCCUGUCAAGAGACAGCCAAGGUCCCAGUGCCUGUCCACACUUGUCCGGCCUGUCUUUGGAGAGCUCAAGGAGAAGCACAAGCAAAGCGGCGGGGGCGUGGGAGCCCUGGAGGAGCUGGAGAAUGCCUUCAGUCUGGCUGAGGAGUCCUGCCCUGGCAUCUCCGACAGGCUGGUGCUGCAUCUGGUGGAGCGUGUGCAGAGGUUCUCACACAGCAGGAACCACCUGACGUCCACCCGUUGAGCAUGCUGCUCUUCACUCUUCACGGAGGAGAGAAGGGUGCUUUGUUUUUGUUUGAGCUCCGAGAGGACCCUGCCGACUUGGAAGCCCCCUUGUGCUGUGUUGUGACUGGAAGGACAGGCCAGCCUUCUGCCCUGUGUAGUGUGCUGUUUCACAUGGCAGCCAC